CGUACCUUCUUUCAACCGAACUUAUUAAUAGUUUCUCUCUCUCUCUCCUUCUCAUUCUCUGCUUCGGAUUCUCGUCUUCCUUUUUGCGCAGAAGCUAAAUUAAGCGAAGAUAGCUAAGUUUUCUGAAGUGAUGGCGGAGGAGGCAGCAGCGAAGACGGUUGAGCCAGAGGCGUGCGCUGAGACUCCACCGGCGGCGGAGACGGUUGAAGCUCCGAAGGAUGUGACGGAGGAGAAAACUGUAAUACCAGCACCUCCGGCCGAAGAGAAACACGAUGACAGCAAAGCUCUUGCCGUUGUUGAAAAACCGGAAGCAAUUGAAGAGAAGAAACCAGUAGGCUCCAUAGACAGAGAUGCUGUGCUUGCGCGCGUAGCGACAGAGAAGAGGCUGUCCUUAGUGAAGGCAUGGGAAGAAAGUGAGAAAUGCAAAGCUGAAAAUAAAGCUCAGAAGAAAGUAUCUGCUAUUGGAGCCUGGGAGAACAGCAAGAAGGCGACUCUGGAAGCUGAGCUUAAGAAAAUCGAGGAACAAUUGGAAAAGAAGAAAGCCGAGUACAUAGAGAAAAUGAAAAACAAGGUUGCCCUUGUCCACAAGUCUGCAGAAGAAAAACGAGCACAGAUUGAGGCCAAGCGCGGCGAAGAUCUCCUCAAAGCUGAGGAGAUGGCUGCAAAAUAUCGUGCCACUGGAACAGCUCCAAAGAAGCUUCUAGGCCUAUUUUAAACUCGUUGAUCUCUGCAAUCUUAUGCCGUCUGGUUUGAAGCUGAAGCUGAUGCUGCAUUUUUUUUUUUCACAUGAUUGUUUGAUAUGCUUUCGAAUUUGUGUUGCGUGGUGAUUUAUUGUAGAAUUAAUAUUUGUUUUCUCAUUAGUUUGUGUGUGCAUAGUGUGAUGAUAUUUCUUUAUUUGUAGGUCUUCACAGUGUCUGUAAAGAGUUUUUAACUUCUGAAUUUGUGACAAAAAAAUACAUUAGCUUGUAAGCUUAUUUGUGCCAUUCAAUUAUUGAAUUUUUUUCAGUACAACUAUGAAAGUAGAUGAAAUUGUCUGCAUUGCUUCGGCUCCUGUCGAAUUUACAUUUGAAUGUGAUUAGGGAUAUCAGCAGUGGGAGGAGGACCUUGUAGGAAUUCAAUAUCAUUGCCAGGUGCAGGAAAAUCGAGCAACAGCAUCAGCAUUGCAUCUGUGGAAUCAUUGAAUUCGUAUGAGCUUGAGUUGUCUGAAAAAUCUAUCAUGAUGUUUUCUUCUUCCUUCUUGCAGGUUGUGACGAGUUCGAUUUUCGGAUGAUCCCUUUCAGGAGAGGCACCGGAUUGAGAUACACCUGGCUCAACACCAAAUGGUGGGCUGAGAAGCAAUGUGACACUGGACAGGGACUCGUCGUUCUGAGACAUAGGAGAAGAAGGGGACUGAUCGGGGAUGAUUCGCUUCCUCAAAUGUGAGUUCCAGUAGUUCUUGAUAUCGUUGUCGGUUCUCCCAGGCAGACAUGAAGCUAUUGCAGACCACCUGGUAAAUUUGGCAAAUAUAUAUCAUUGAUGAUCAUAUUCAUUCAUAUAUUAUCCAUUCAUUAAUCGAAUACUAAGAAAGCAGUUGUUUACUUGUUACCAAGAGUGGUGUGCAGGUGAAUGAUCUCUUUCUCCUCGUCUGGGGUGAAGGGUCCUCGUUUGAUCCCCGGCCGUAGGUAGUUAGUCCAGCGAAGCCGACAGCUUUUGCCACACCGUAGAAGACCUGCAAUUCUCCAAUAAAGAAAAAGGGCCCUGCCCUCUAAGGUACGUUUAUUUUCUUGGAUGCAUAUGUAUAUGUAUAUUGCAUGACCAAAUUAACUUGUCAAUUCAUGACUUGAAUCAAAUCAGAUAUGGUGUUUUAGAUUCAUUUAGAAAUUAAUCUAGGAUAGUAUAUCCUGUGUAGAUUAUUAUUACUCUGUGUUCAUGUUAGACAUAUACAAAAACAAGGAAUUGAGGUGACCUGCCUGCAAGUUUAGGGAGAUUUCUCCAAUUGGGAUGGCCAUUUUGAGUGAUGAAAUCGACUAGAAUUCUAUCCUCUUGAGCAGUCCAUGCCCCUUUCUUCAACCCCUCUUUUUCACAACAUGGUUUUUUCUUCUUCUUCAUCUUCAUCUUCAUCUUUGACUUUCUUUUCUUCUCAUCUUCAUUUUUAACUCUUCUUUUCCCCAUGUGUUUGUUUGAAGCAAAGCCCUCAAC